GUGUUCUUAUAUUCUCACCUCAUCUCCCUCUUUUCUUUCAUUGAUCUUCACCCCCUUUGAUUUGCUUAAUGGCCUCUCUGAUCCAAGAAAACUGGGCAACCAUCAAUGACCAAGACGGUUUUGAUGAGUUUGAGUCCUUGGAAAUCGACGACACCCUGCUCAUGUCUAUACUCGAAGAACCACAUGUGGACGACGAGUGUGACGACGAGAGAUUAUCGAGUGUCAUUCAAUCUUUAGAAGCAGAGAUUAAUCCUAUUGUGAUAGAUGAUCAUGAUAUGAGUUUGGAGCUCGAAUGGAACGUUGAUUGGGAAGGUUGUCAUCAGUUUUCAAUCAAUCAGAACAUUUCAAGAUCACAUGAAUUAGAUUAUAACUGGAUGGAAAUGGAUGAGAUGUACAUCCAAGGGUAUGAAGAUGGGAUGGGUGGUAUCAUAGAGUUUGGUGGUGUUAAAGAUUACCCCCAAUUUUCAUAUGGAAAUAACAUGGAGGAGCAUGUGUAUGGUGCCUUGUGGCAAGAAAUUAAUUGAUUAAUACCCUUAAAAAAGGUGUAGUAGCCCAAAUAUUUUGAUUAAUGGGACUUUUUUGUAAAGGAAAUUGUAAUAUUUGGGGGUUUUCAGUUGCCCUUCGUUAUCUAAAUCGAUUAAAUAUUCACAAAAAAAAACUGUUUUUGUUCACAUGAGUUAUUAGGUUAAAGCAGAUUGCAGAUGGGUUUUAAAUACGAUAACAUAAUUUCUCACGGGGGUAUUGAUGCUCGGUAUGAAAGAAGUAGGGGGGGACAGCGAAUUCGAUCCCCUUUCAGAUCCUUCAUUUGUGUCAAUUUCUGCUUGGAUUUGCGAAUCGUAUACUCUUGUAACUUUUCAACUGUUGUCUCUUGGUGUCUAUAAAAAGAACUGAUACAACAUUGUUUUUUCAUCUUACGUACACAAAGUUGUAAACGCAACUGUGUUUUUUUUAAAUAUAUUUUGUAUGCUGA